AUGUUCUCUUUUUUGAUCCCUCCCGAACGCUUUGAUGGACACAAGUUUGAUUCAUCUCUGAUUGACUGGCUGGACACACAGGAUUUGGCAAUGCAACUGAUUGAGCUGAAAAGCCCAGCACUGUGGAUGACCAAGUUUGCAGAGCUACGCGAAGAAUUGGAAACUACAGAAGACAAAAAUCACGGAACUUGCAUCUACGCCUGUUGGAAAUCUGUACCAGAUAAAUUCUGCUGCUUCAAGAACGUUGCUUUGGCUCUGCUGUCAGUCUUCGGUUCAACCUACCUCUGUGGACAAGUCUUUUCACACGAAGGACGUGCUCAGCCCCUCCCACAGUCGUUUGACUGCUGA